CAUAUUCACACACAGAGUCGGAGAGAGGAGAGAGAGUGUGAGAGAAAUUUAGAGAAGAUGAAGACAAUUCUGUCAUCGGAAACCAUGGAUAUCCCAGACGGCAUCACCAUCAAGGUGAAGGCAAAGCAAAUCGAAGUUGAAGGACCAAGGGGAAAGCUUGUGCGAAACUUCAAGCAUCUCAAUCUCGAUUUCCAGCUGAUCAAGGACGAGGAAACUGGACUGAAGAAGCUGAAGGUUGAUUCCUGGUUUGGAUCUCGAAAGGCUACUGCUUCUAUCCGUACCGCUCUUAGCCAUGUUAAUAAUCUUAUCAUUGGUGUUACCAAGGGAUACAGAUACAAGAUGCGUUUUGUGUAUGCUCACUUUCCCAUCAAUGCCUCCAUCACCGGAGGUAACAAGGCCAUUGAGAUCCGUAACUUCCUUGGCGAGAAGAAGGUUAGGAAAGUUGACAUGCUUGAUGGAGUAACAGUUGUUCGAUCUGAGAAGGUUAAGGACGAGCUUGUAUUGGAUGGAAAUGACAUUGAGCUCGUUUCUCGCUCUGCAGCCCUCAUUAACCAAAAAUGCCAUGUGAAGAACAAGGAUAUCCGAAAGUUUCUUGAUGGUAUCUAUGUCAGUGAGAAGGGUAAAAUUGUUGAAGAAGAAUGAGUAUUUUAGAAGUAGGCAUGUUGGUGAUGGACCGUAUCCCAAUUGCUCGUUUUACCAUCUCUUUUAAGUUCUUUUGGAGACUAUAUAUUACAGACUUGUUUGAAUUUCAGUUUUCUAGUUCUUGUUUUGAAAUUUUGUUGACAAAUUGGCCUUGGUGGUUCUUUCAAUUAUCCCAAAUGUUUCUGUUCUCGUUA